AUCACGGCGAUGCCGUGAGCGCAGCACAACGUGUGCUACUCUCCACACGAUAGCUGGUGUCGUUGAUUUCGAUUCCCUCUUUCACUCUCGCUCUCCCUCUCUCCCUCCCUCCCUCCUCUCGCGAGCGUUCUCCGCAGCGUCGUUCGCGGAUUCGCGAUCGAUCAUCCUCGGCGAUUCCAAGCUGUGAGAGGGAGAGGAGGAGUAGAGAGGAAGGAAGAGCGCGCGUAUAGGAAAACGCGCGCAUACGCGACGCCGCGCCGCCGGCUCGUCGAGACUCGAAGGAUCCAGUCUCGAUCGGUCCACGGAUCCAACCGCGCCGUUCCGUUGCUCUACGUCUUUUAUCCAUCGUCCUACGUGCUACCAUCUUCUGUGUUUUCAAAGGGACUUGUCAAAGUGAAUGCAUUUUAUUUGCGUUUAUCCGGCCACGAUUUUAAUCGUUCGAUCGUCGUCAUUUCAUAAUCGUCGUCGUCAUUAACACGACUUUAGAAAAGGAAUGGAUAUUAAAAAAGUGACAGGUGCAUCAUCGUCGUUGUCCUUGUCGUUGUCGCCGUCGUCAUCGUUGUCCUUUGAAAAUUAUCGUCGCCGUGGUCGACCUUCGAAAGGGUAGAACGAUUUCGAGUAGUACUUUGUUCUCGAGGACCAUCGGUGAUCGCGAGAACGAGGCCCGGACGCGUAUCGCGUGUACUUCAAUGGAGAGAAAGGGUGAGAGCGGGAGUGAGUGAUCGAAAAGAAGAAGGAGAGAUUGAACGAACGAAUGGAUGGAUGGAUAGAUGGAUAGUUGGUGAUAGAAACUCAGAGUGUUCGAAGGAGAAAGAAGUAGAAAGAGAGAGAAACAGAAGCUGAAGGAGAGUCGUGCGUACUUAGAGAGGUGUGUAGAGUCAUCGUGUACAGGUGCUGUGUGUGCCUCGAAUCAGUGCUCUUUGGUAACAUCAUGAUCACGCGGCGCGAGUGCGAUCGAGUACUCUCGAGUGCUACCGAGUGCGUUUCGAGUGCGAGAUACUUCGGGAUUAUUGUAGAACCACGUGAACGGGCACGCGUACGAUCGCCAUUGACGUUGCUAGCAACAACAAGAACAACAAGAAUGACGAUGACGACGACAACAAUAGGAACGACCACAUGCUUUCAGGAGUAGGACAAACCGACAUAAUCAACGAACUCGUAGUGGUCAGACUUGAACUCCUAUAUAAAUACGCACAUACGUGCAUAUAUAUAUAUAUACGUAUAUGUAUAUGUAUAUGUAUGGGUAUAUGUAUACGUAUACAUAUAUGCAUGUAUAUAGACAGCUGGCGAGGAAAAACGAAACGUAUUGAAGCGUUGGCAGGACGAUAGUCUGCCAACUUUACCGCGAACGGUGAACCCUCCGAUUGUAGUAUCGACUACAACGCGUUGUGCUCUGCCAGGGGCAAAUUAAUCCGGCGUUACGUACACGUGGACAUCAACCAUCGAGGAGCAGCACCUACGUACGUACGCGUGAGUUCAGAUCGCAUUCAAACUACACCGGUAAUUACUGUGCGGUCUGCAGGAUCGGUCGUUUCCGGUCGAUCGACGAGACCAACCUAGCUACCCUAACGACGAAUUCAUCGUUCUUCAGGAUUACGAACAGUGUAUCGCGAUACUCUUGUAUUUUCUUUUUUCUCGUUACUUUUCCCUUUGUUUUCUUUCUGCUAUUUUUUUUCUUUUUUUACGACAUCCUUUAAAGAAGUUCUUAAAUAUUCGCGAAUAACAGUGAAAAGUGGAAGGACGAAAAUCGUAUUCGUUUAAUCUCGCUAGAGGAUCUUCGAGUUUCUUCUUUUCGAGUUUGGAUCUCGCGAAUUCUCUUGAAAGAUAAUCGGUAAAGGUGUGGAAAGAUUACGCGUAGUCGGAGCUCGAAAUCUGAGUGCCAUGGAGUGCCGCAAGGGUCGACGGAAAGGUCUGCUCGGUGGGCUGCUCCUUGCAUGGCUAUUAACCAGCGGUCGUACAGUCGUCGCGCGAAAUAUAGAGAGGUACGACACCGCGUACGCCUGCGAGGGCAAAACGCUAUGGAUCGAGUGUGGCGAGGGAAAGCUGAUCCACCUGAUAAGAGCCAACUAUGGGAGGUUCUCGAUAACGAUAUGCAACGAGCAUGGGAAUACCGACUGGAGUGUCAAUUGCAUGUCACCCAAAACUUUCCGUGUUCUCAACAACGAGUGUAACGACCAACAAAACUGCAGCAUCGUUGCAUCAACCUCGCAAUUCGGUGAUCCUUGUCCCAACACGCACAAAUAUCUCGAGGCACAUUAUCGUUGUGUCUCUGCGACUACAACAACGACGACAUCCCGACCAAGUCCGCCAUGGUUCAUAACUUCGCAACCGAGCGUUUGGAGCACGGCUAAGCCAACCGUGAGACCUCCCUCGAGGAUUACGACACCGGCGGUUCAACAGCCACCGCAACCACCACCGGCACCAUCUACACCAGCUUUGCCAAUAACCACUCCGCCAAGUCCAACCUCGACGAGGUCCUUCGAAGAUAUGGACAGAGAGGACCAAGAUUCUACCCUUCCAGGGAAAGGUGUCGCAGCGAACGGAGCAGUGAUUCCGCCUAUCGCGCCUGAAACAAUGCAGCCGACAACUACAUCAACAUUUGCUCCAUGGAGAACAAGUCGAAGACCAACCGUACCCAGCACUUAUUAUCCAGAGUCCAGCUCGAACGGGCAAUGGUACGAUUAUGGACGACAGGCCUGUCCACCGGUAAUAGCACGAAAUCUUUCAUGGAACGCGACUCGAGCUGGAGACGUUGCCGUCCAAAGUUGUCCAGGUGGUGCCAAUGGUCUUGCUCGUUGGAGGUGUCUUGCCAAAGGAGAUUCCGCGGUGUGGCAUCGAGACACUCCAGAUUUGAGCGAGUGUCGUUCCGUUUGGUUGACGUCUUUGGAAAAUAGGGUGACUGAUGGUGAUGUCAUAUUGGGGAUCAGUCGAGAACUUUCACAAGUGACAAACAAUAGUCGUGGUCUUUACGGUGGUGACAUGAUGAUCACAACCAAGAUCAUAAAGAACAUGGCUGAAAAGAUGGCACAAGACAUUAGGACCUAUCAAGAUCCCAAUCAAAGAGAAGUCAGCGUUACGGAACUCUUGCAAGGUGUUGUAAGAACAGGCAGCAAUCUUUUGAACGAGGCACAGAUGGCUUCGUGGAAGGAUCUCAGUCAUCAGGAACAAAUGAGAGUAGCGACCUCUUUGUUGAUAGGUCUCGAAGAGAAUGCAUUUCUUUUGGCUGAUACUUUGACCCAAGAGAAGACUAUCACUCAUGAUUGUAGGAAUAUACUGAUGGAAGUUCGCGUUUUGGAUACACGCAAUAUCGGUAGCGAUCUCGAAGUCUUUCCAAACAACAUUGUGGAGGGAAGAUGGACAGCAUCCACGGCGCACGUCGAACUAACCAGAGGUGCUCUUUUGGAAAACAGCGAAGCUGGGAUCGUUCGACUAGUCUUCAUGGCCUUCAAUAGACUCGAAGAAAUUCUUCAACCGCAAGCUGAAGUGCCGUCCGUCGUUACAAACGAUGACUCGCAAUCGUUGCCGAAAAGAAAUACGACUAGGUUAUUGAACAGUAAGAUUAUCUCUGCUUCAUUAGGAAAAGGUCGUCAUAUACAGCUAUCGGAACCAGUAAGGAUAUACUUCAGGCAUUUGACAUUGGAAAACGUUACGAAUCCUACUUGCGUCUUUUGGGAUUAUAUUUUGAGUGGUUGGUCAGAAGAAGGUUGUCAAAUAAGAAAGAGUAACGACACGCACACAGUAUGCGAGUGCAAUCACUUAACAAAUUUCGCCGUUCUCAUGGACGUUCAUGCAGUUAGAUUGGACAUCGCUCAUCAAGUCGCACUACAAAUCAUCACUUAUAUAGGCUGCAUCAUAUCUGUCGUCUGUCUGGUGUUAGCGAUACUUACUUUUCAAUUGUUCCGUGGGCUCAAGUCCGACAGAACGACGAUACACAAGAACCUGUGCGUCUGCCUCUUAAUAGCUGAAGUUUUGUUUGUUUGUGGUAUCGGACAAACGAAUCAAAGGAUCGUCUGUGGUAUCGUUGCUGGUUUAUUACACUUUUUUUUCCUAUGUGCGUUCGCCUGGAUGUUCCUCGAAGGAUUUCAACUGUAUGUUAUGCUGAUCGAAGUUUUCGAAGCGGAAAAGUCUAGACUUCGAUGGUAUUAUCUUGUUGCUUACGGAGCACCGUUGCUGGUAGUUGCGAUAUCCUGUAUAAUCGAUCCAUUCAGUUACGGUACCGAUCGAUACUGUUGGCUUCGAGCGGACAACUACUUCAUCUUCAGCUUUGUGGGGCCCGUGAUACUUGUAAUCUUGGCGAAUCUCGUAUUCCUGUCGAUGGCGAUAUACAUGAUGUGCCGACACGCAAAUACGACGGUAGCCAUGAAGAGUAAAGAACAUUCUCGUCUAGCUAGCGCAAGUGGAAAGGAAGAGAAUGCUCUUCCCAACAAAUUGCAAGCGCACUUAGCUUGGUUACGCGGCGCCAUCGUCCUAGUAUUUCUACUAGGAUUAACCUGGACUUUUGGACUUCUCUAUUUGAAUCAAGAAUCAGUGGUAAUGGCAUACAUCUUUACUGUACUCAACAGCCUGCAAGGCCUUUUCAUCUUCGUAUUCCACUGCGUUCAAAACGAAAAGGUAAGAAAGGAGUAUAGAAAGUUCAUCCGACGUCACUCGUGGCUACCAAAGUGCUUGAGAUGUUCGAAGACGGUGACGGGAAGUUCCGGAUCAUCCGGUACGAGCGGUGGUGGAGUCGGGCCUGGUGGAAACGGUGGAAAGGAAUUUGCCUCGCACAACACAUCCUCGAAUCCUUCGGCUCCAACGACGGACAGCUCAGGAUUAUCGCCUCAUGCCGCCUCUAACUACUUGGUAUCCGGUCGAAGCUGGGCGAUAGUCGAUAGGCAGCCGGCAGUCGCUGUGCCAAGUGAAUCCUCUGGCACAGAGGCUCACAUCGUGGCCACCCUGCCGUACGCCCGUCACGCAUUCUUACCCUCAGCUCCUAAUAUCCCCAAAUCUGCCACCGCCACUUGGGGCCACCUUAACAAAAACCUCAUGUGGAAGAACAUUUCUUUUAAAUCGUACUCCCGGGACUCUGGACACGGUGGAUCCGAACAGGAAGACUCACCGAGGACACACAACACUUUAACUCUAGGCCACUCGGGUCGAAAUCGAGAUCGAGAUCGAAACCGUAUUAUCGGCUCGAACGAUGGCAGCGAGACGAUGAGCGGUGGAAGGGCAGCAACGACAGCGGCAACGACUUCGGUGGGAACUGGACGACGAGCUGCCAUGCCAUAUAAUCAUACUUACACGGAAAUCGUUGAUGGUAGAAACGGUGGAAAUGGUAUGCAUCAUCAGAUGCAUGCUCAUCACGGUCAACAUGUACACCUUCCAGCGCAUCGCGGAGUUGGCAGCGUUGGUGGCUUAACAAACGAAGAUGAUCCUGUCUACGAGGAAAUCGAACGAGGUGGCGCCGGUGGAGCUGUCGGAGAGAUCCAAGUGUCAGACAUGUCCGACGAGGAUGGUCGACGGCAAAGCGACAUGAGCAGACAAUCUUCGAGAAGCUACGGUGACCAUAGGCCACUGAUUCCAUACUCACCUGCUAACGAUCGUAACCUGCUCCAUUACGGACAAACGAUGAGCGAUCGUGUUGGAAACACUCAUUACGAUCCAACGGAAUAUGGUCCAACCGUUGAAAGGACCUUAAACGCCUGCUGGGAGAAACUACGAAGGCAACAAGCGAGGUACGAGCUCGGUGAACUGCCGCGACUCCCUGCAGGUUAUGGAUUACCACCUCAACAGGAUCACACAAGAACCGUUGCUGUUCUCGACGGCCAUACCGUUGUCUGCCAUCUUCAACCCCAAACGGACAUGUAUACGGGACGUGGAAUGCCACCACCUUCUUACAGCGAGUGUUAGGUCAAGGCUGGAUCGUCUCGUCCUCCAUCUCGUCCACCAUCCCCACAUUUUGGGGUAGGAGGACUCUGUUCCUCUCGUAGGACUCGCCCUUCGACUCCGAUCUCUCUCUGAUUCCACUGUAGCUAAGCAUGACGUGUCUCUUUCUCUCUCUCUCUCUCUCUCUCUCUCUCUCUCUCUCUCACUCUCUCAUUUCCACUCUCACUCUCUUUCAGAUUUGUCAGAAAGAGAUUUUCUUUUAACAAAAAGACUUUUCUUUCCUAUGAAUGAAAGCAGUUGAACGGGGAGAGAGACGAACAAAGGCCAGGAUUUCGGAGAAGAAUUAUAAAAAUGAGAAACGGACGAUGACGGUCCUUCCAAGAAGAAACACGAAAAAAACGAAAGGCUAGAACGAUAUUACUUCGCUUUUUAGCGCGUUAAAGCCACACGAGUCGAUCGGCGAACCUACGCGAUGGUUCGUGUACAACUAAACGAUCGACAUUCUGCGCCGAAAGAUUCCUUCCUUGCUCUUCGCGUACUAAUCACAGUGUGUGUGAUCCUUGCGAAAAAAAAAAAAGUAAUAAAUAUUGUGUAGAGAGCGAGACGAUCGCGUCGGCGAUACGUUAUUUUUCUUUUUUCUUUUGUAUAAUAGACAUAUCGCGACACGUACUCCUCGUCCACGAACUGGAACUUUUGUAAGUCAUUGUUUUAAGUAACCUUGUUCUUUCUUUCCUUUCGUCCUUUGUGUAUAAUAUAGACUCUCGUUGAACGGAUAGCUUAGGAUAGCGACAUAUCGGAAAUUUUAGAAGGUGUGGCACGUGAUUGUAUCGAUCGCAUUUGAAAAUCGCGUUACAAAGGAGAGCAACUGCCUGUGAGAGAGAGAAAGAAAGAAAGAAAGAAAGAGAAACAGAGUGAGAGAGAGAGAGAGAGAGAGAGAGAGAGAAUUUUAGGGGGGUUUUGGGCGGGAGGAGAGGCAGAGUGAAUUCUCGAUCGCGACGCGUCAAAGUUUCCUCGUAGAAAUAAUCGGGCGCGCAUUUCUUUCGCCAUUUUCUUUGACCAUCCACGUACUUUUUCAAUACGAGUGCGUCGGCCAUUUUGAGUUAAAGAAAAUAUACCGGGAAUUCAAUUUUAUUCUCCGAAAAAAGAAGAACCCAAUACUUUUACGAACGUUUACUCAAUGAGAAAGCAAAUGAAAUUUCCUAAUAAUAAUAUUAAUUCAAAAUGAAGAAGAAAUCGUAAUCGUACAGUCGUAAGUACCUUUGUCGGUCGUCCCAACCAUAACUCCUCAUUGUACAUUGCUUUUGAAAUGUUACGUUUUAGUCCCAGAAUGUUAUUUUUAUAAAUAAAAAAAGGUAUAUAUAUA